AUGCCCUCUACAAUUUAUGAACCAACAACGAUCUCUCUAUCUGAUCUAUUAUCAGACACGGGAUCGGAAGAGCUGAACCACAAAAUCGUAGCUGCUCUAGGAUCUGGACCAGGAUGCCUGGGGAUCAUAGUGAUCAAGGACCUUCCGUCAGACUUUCCAGAUCUUCGAGAGAAGCUAUUUCGGCUCGCUCAUCGAUUUGCAACUCUGCCCGAUGAGAUCAAAGAGAUUUUUACCAGUCCGGAAACUUCGUAUUUGUUCGGUUGGUCACACGGAAAGGAGAUAAUGAAUGGGAAACCUGAUACUCAGAAAGGAUCAUUCUAUGCGAAUCCCUUAAUUGACGUUCCAGACGUAUCUGAACGACUUCGUAAGGACCAUCCGGAGUAUUAUGCCGGGAAUGUAUGGCCAGAUGGAGUGGAGGGUUUAGAAGAUUUUGAAAAGACCUUCAAAGCAUUAGGUAAAAUUGUUUUUGAUGUUGGAAUCGCUCUAGCAAAGGCUUGUGAAAAAUUCGUCUCACCGACAAUAUCGAAUUCAUCUGGGACUAUUACAUCCCUGAUAUCGUCAUCGAAAUGUAACAAAGCGAGAUUACUCCACUAUUAUCCUCAACCACCUUCGGGAGAUGGUGACGAUGAAGAUAUACAGAAUGAUGCAUUAUGUGGAACCCACCUAGAUCAUUCGCUACUUACUGGUCUAUGCUCAGCGAUGUACCUCUCUUCUUCGAACAAUAAUGAGACCGAACCUCAGAUCGUAGAUUCACCGAACGAUUCAACAGGUCUAUGGAUAUAUCCUAGGAAUAGUAAAGACCCAGUCAAAGUUAUCAUACCGCGAGAUUGUCUAGCAUUCCAAACAGGCGAAGCGUUAUCUCUGUUAACAUCCAACAAAUUAUCUGCUACCCCACAUUUCGUUAGCGGUUCAACGAAAAGCCAUAAACUAGUUUCAAGGGAGACUUUUGCUUUUUUCUUACAACCCGACGUAGAUGAUGUGAUUGGUGCUGAUGGAUUGACGUUCGGACAAUUCACUAAGAGGGUAUUGGGCAGACAUUAUGCGGAGAAGGCUGCCGAGGAAGCCGAAGAUUGA